CCCUUACACUAGUACUCAUGGAUCCCUCGUCGACAGGAAUACAAGAGCCGUUUGACCUCAUAAGAUUAUCGCUGAGCGAACGCGUCUUUGUGAAGAUUCGCGGUGAUCGCGAGCUGAGCGGCGUCCUACACGCAUAUGACGGUCACAUGAAUCUCAUCCUCAGCGAUGUCGAGGAAACCGUCAUGAUCGUAGAUGCUGUGGAUGGAACCCUUGAGGGCCAGGGCACAGUGAAGGUCGCGAAGAGAAAAAUGGAGAUGCUCUUUGUCCGAGGGGACGGUGUCAUCCUGGUGUCGCCGCCGUCCCGAAUGUGAUCAUGCUCGCCAUGUUUCUGCCGUAUAUAUUUUAGAACAUGGCCAGAGAGGAACAUGUCACAUAGUCCACGUUGUACAUUAGAUCUCCGAGCAUGACAUUGUUGGACUGUUGGACACAUCACUGAGCAACGACGCC